UCAAGGCCACGGUCCCACUACCCCCAAAGCGGCCGCUUCCACGGAACCGUCCGAAGGGCUGGCCUCGCCACCCUGCGCGCGAGUGAGCCGCUUGCCGUGCGCGCAGCUGCAGCCGAGGAAGCAGCAGCGCCCCCUCCUCCGAACCGCGGCGUACUCGUCCUCCCCGCCCGGCCCGCUCCUAGCAACACGGGGCGUCCCCAACGACAAUGACCGGCGCCGGCGCGCGGGACUCUGUGAGGCAAGCGCCGAGGCUCCCGAAGCGGAUCCCUACCUGUAUCAAGGACCUGCCAGUCUGAGAAGUUUCUUGUCAUAAGGCCAUCUAGGGGCCACCCGGCCCUACAUUACCAGCCUCCAGCAUGCAGGAUACUGUAACAACAUCAGCAUUGUUGGACCCCAGCCACUCCUCAGUCUCCACCCAGGACAAGUCCUCCACUGGCGGACACACUUCAAGCACAGGCCCACAGCCCUCAAAGCCUUCAAUCACACCAGUCUCUGCAAAGUCCAGGAACCCACAUCCUGGGGCCAAUUUCCAUCGGAUGCGCCGGAUCAUUGCUGAAGAUCCUGAGUGGUCACUGGCCAUCGUGCCCCUCCUCACAGAGCUCUGCAUUCAGCACAUCAUCAGGAACUUCCAGAAAAACCCUAUCCUGAAGCAGAUGCUCCCGGAACACCAGCAGAAGGUCCUGAACCACCUGCCCCCUGACCUACCACUGGCUGUGACCGCCAACCUGAUAGACAAUGAGAACUACUGGCUCCGCUGCUGCAUGCAGCGCUGGCCCGUGUGCCACGUGGCCCACCAUGGCGGCAGCUGGAAACGCAUGUUCUUCGAGCGGCACCUGGAGAACCUGCUAAAGCACUUUAUCCCAGGCACCACGGACCCCGCGGUGAUCCUCGACCUGCUGCCCCUCUGCAGGAAUUAUGUGCGCAGGGUCCACGUCGAUCAGUUCCUUCCGCCGGUGCAGCUCCCGGCCCAGCUCCGGCCGGGCGACCAGUCGGACUCAGGCAGCGAGGGAGAGAUGGAGGAGCCCACCGUUGACCACUAUCAACUGGGCAAUCUGGUAGCUGGCCUGAGCCACCUGGAGGAGCUAGACCUGGUGUACGAUGUCAAGGACUGCGGCAUGAAUUUCGAGUGGAAUCUCUUCCUCUUCACCUACCGCGACUGCCACUCCUUGGCAGCCGCCAUCAAGGCGUGCCACACCCUCAAGAUCUUCAAGCUGACCCGAAGCAAGGUGGAUGAUGACAAAGCACGCAUCAUAAUUCGAAGUCUUCUGGACCACCCAGUCCUUGAGGAGCUGGACUUGUCACACAACCUCAUUGGGGACCGUGGUGCACGAGGUGCUGCCAAGCUGCUGAGCCACAGCCGCCUGCGUGUGCUCAACCUGGCCAACAACCAGGUGCGUGCGCCUGGUGCCCAGUCGCUGGCUCAUGCUCUAGCACACAACACCAACCUCAUUUCCCUCAACCUACGUCUCAACUGCAUCGAGGAUGAGGGUGGCCAGGCUCUUGCCCAUGCCUUGCAGACCAACAAGUGCCUCACCACCCUGCACCUCGGUGGCAAUGAGCUGUCUGAACCCACCGCCACACUCCUGUCGCAGGUGCUCGCCAUCAACACCACACUCACCAGCAUCAACCUGUCCUGCAACCACAUCGGGCUGGAUGGUGGGAAGCAGCUCCUGGAAGGCAUGUCGGACAACAAGACCCUCCUGGAAUUUGACUUGCGCCUGUCAGAUGUGGCCCAGGAAAGCGAGUACCUCAUUGGCCAGGCCCUCUAUACAAACCGAGAAGCAGCCCGCCAGCGGGCCUUGAAUCGCAGCCACUUCAUGUCAACCAUCACUGCCAAUGGCCCUGAGAACUCUGUGGGAUAAAAUGACCUGACUUGGAUCAUGGCCCCAGCCCUGUCCCUCAUUUCAUACCCCCGCCAUGCCUGCUGCAGAGUAUCACUCUGGUUCAGAGGGAGCGGGGAGGGGGACCGUGAAUAUCCUUGGAGUGAUCAAGGGUUGUAUGGAUGGAGACAUGAGGCAGGAAAGGGAGACUGGCAUGGGGGAAGAAAGGGUAUGCAGUAGGAACCCGCCCCUGUGCCCAGGGAAAGGAUAUUACUGAACCCCCACAAAUGACCAACUUCUUCCAGGAAUAGGGAAGUCAGAGAGGUGUCUGAGGGACUGUGCCUGCCAGAUUCUCCCACGGGGCCUGCCUGCCUCCCUGACUCCCCUCCCCACCAUUUUCUUCUCUACCAAACAGAUCCUUGAUCUUCAAACACGCACGCGCGCGCGCACACACACACACACACACACACGCUCUGGCUACAGCAGAGCUAUGUCUGGCUCUCUUUGCCACCCUCAGCCCUGUAGAUGCAUUUCCCUGUUGCUUGACUCUGCUUUAGGUGAUCCAGUUCUAUAGGCCACUCCAUCCCCUAUUUCCCCAACCUGGGAAGGGGACAACGAAAUGACACCAGGGACUCAGACCCAGUGGCCUCCUCUGGGGAGGCAGCUGUAGAUGACGACUUCCAGGGAAAGAUGACACGAUUCCUGCCACCCACCCCAGAGAGCUUCCCUGGGAGGGAGGGAAAGAAGUGCCACACUGGGACAGGAAGUCAGUGAGUCAUCCACAACUUUAUUAUCCACCAGUUUGAUUUGUACAAUCUUUGCGCUUAAAUCCACGACAAAAAGGCCACAGUGUGAUGCACCCAAUUGACAGAGACCUGUCUUCUCCCCAGCCAGGCCCAGCCCACCCCACAAGCCCUUGUCCCCAGGCCACAUGGAGCCUUCUAGGUGCCCUCCAUGAGUCCCCAUCACUCUGUAGCUGUCCACCCUGGGGCCACACCUACAGGAAUCACAUCAGCCCCCAAGGCCACAAGAGACCUAGCUGACUGAUUCAGGCUGAGCGCCAUUCCCCAUCCUCCUCAGGCUGACUGAUUGGCCCAGAGCCUCCAGAAUUGUGUCCCCAAAGGGCAGGUCAUGGGCUACAACCCCAAUGCAGGAGUGCCUGCUCUCCAGGGACUCCUUCCACUAAGCAGAUGCUAAGCAGAGCACCAAAGGGGGCUCGGGAGUGACUGCAUGUGUAUGCCUGUCUAGGCAACCUAGAGUCUGUCUGUGCCUGACACCCUCUGACAGUUCCGGAGUGCAAACGUGUAGGUGUGAGGGUGUGUGUGUGUGUAUAGCCACAGCUGCUAGCAGAGGUUCUAAUUAGAGAAACAAGAACAUUCAGUGUAAAGUUUAAUCUUAGAGAUUAAUUUUCUGGUUUUUGUUUUCCCUGGCAAUCAAUAAAGCUACCAAGAAAAUAGACCAAAGAAUUGUUUCUCUCUAAGUCUGUGCGUGUGUGGGAGAUGAGGCUGAGAUGACCUAGGCAGAAAUAGUCAAUACAGGCAAAAAUAAUAAUAGAGGUCCCCCUUCCCCUCUUCUGAGACCAGGCUCUGUCUCAGGAACAGGCCUGAGGGAGGAGGAGCCAUGUUCCUCCUCCCCUGGAGCCCUGAGGUGGCCAGGCUGUCCCCACACAGAGCAUGACAUCCGGGUGCCAGCUGGCUAAGAAAUGGAGCCUGAGGCCGCAGCUCACCACCUGUACCUCACAGAUGUCCAUUCAGAGGAAAGAAGGGUGCUCCAAAUGCCAGGCCCCCAAGGAGCACAGACUCGGGAUCCAGGCAGGUUCAGUGCUAAUAGGCAGGUGGGCACUACUGCCAGGGAAACCUGGUGGGCAGCUGUUUCCCCUGCCCAAGCCUCUCUCUAGCCUCUUCUCCCUCCUCACUCAGCCAUCUCUACCUGAAAGUAAAGCUAAACCCUUUAGAAGCCAUGGGCCAUGGUAUCCCCACAAUUUGGGCCCCUCUCCCUAGGAAGAAGGGAAGGGGAGCCAGAGGUGAUGUUGCAUAGGUGGAGGCCACACAGUUGGUGGUGCAGGCCUGGCUGGGCUGGAGGAAGAUGACAGGGGCUGAAGGAGGGGAAGGAGGAGUUCUGAUGGCUCAGGCGAAUGUAAGCAGCAUCAGGGGUGAGAAAUGUGGGUGGCCCAAGGGUUAUCCUCUCUAGCCUAAAAUGUGAGCUCAAGCCCUGGGCACUAAAUCUGCGGGGGAGACUUUAGCCAGGGGAGUUGGGAGGGCAGGAGGGCUGUUCACAGACAUGCACACUGAAGCACACUGGGGUGGAGGUGGUGGGGUGCGCACAGGGAGAGAAGGCGGUGUCAGAGCUUUAGGGGAACAGGAUGUGGGGCCAGCACCCUGGGGUGGUGGCAGGAUGCCCCUUUGAAGACCCUGGGACACACAGCAGGGCUUCAGCUCAUAGGAUAGGGGAGGAUGGAAGGGUUGGGCAAGAUUUAGAGAAUGCUUGCCUCUGACCCUGCCAUUGGAAUUAUUUCUCCAGUUGGGACUUGUGACAACGUCCUCAGCCCCCCAGAGAUGUGUUUGAGGGAAAAGCACGCUCCACUCCUCUGCACAGGUUUAGGGAGGCAAAGGCUGCCCCCACAGAUACCCCACCUUUGGAAGUCCUUUCCUCUACCCUCCACUGCCCUCUUCUUACUCCCACCUGCUUCCCUCUAGAGGUCCCCGUUGUCACCCAGGUCUAUGUCAUGCUCUCUCCCCUUAGUCACUCGCCCUGGCCAGCUUUAACAAGCGCCGCCCGGGUGUAUCUCACACUCUCUAAAGGGAGUACACACCCAGAACCCAGGUGAGGAGGCCCCUGCCGGGAGGCUGCAGAGUUUAGAGAAAGGACUGAGGUACACAGCCCUCCAUAUUUCACUCUCCUCCCCACUGCACCCUGGCAACAGCUCUGCAGGACCAAAGAGCGGGAGAUGAGAGCCGUCUGUGCGGUGAGCACAGUCCCUCUGGACCUGGAGUGGGGGCCCAGUUAGAUAAACAACAGCGGAAGGAGCGGCAGAAGGGAAACCCCAAUCUUGGGGUCAGCGCCAAGAAGAGGGCAGCAACAUUUCCACGGUGUUGGAUGGAGGCUUGGGGCUGACACCUGGCCCCAGCCUCAGACCCGCUAAAUGCAUUAGCUAGUUGGAAUCCAGCCUGCUGGUCACCAAACCACUGCUCCCUCCACAGAGAGAGGCCCCAGGGGAGUGAGGCCACGGAGGAAGGAAAACCCCAAGUUCCCUUCUCCACAGCCUCUAAAUCUCCCAGCCGCACGCCAGGGCCUCUCCCUUCAGACAAGGCCCAACGCGGGGCCCACGGCGCGGUUGUCAUCUAACAGUCAGAAGAUCUGUUGAAGGGCUGGACAGGAGGGAGGUGUCCCUUUAGGAACUCAGG